GGGGGGAAGGGAGGGGAAGCUCGGGAAAGACCCGAGGCGGGACCAUGCUGGGCCAGUUAGCCGGGUAUGACUGCUGCGGAGGAUUCGGGAAUGUGGAUUUUGACCAGGCAGAACUUUCCGUUAUGACCCGUCUUCUUGGCUACAUCGAUGUCACAGAUUUCAGCUUUGUGGCUGCCGUCCUCUGCAUCAUUUUCAAUCCCCUUUUCUGGAAUGUGGUUGCAAGAUGGGAAUACAAAACACGCAAGCUGAGCCGGGCCUUUGGGUCUCCCUAUCUUGCAUGUUACUGUCUGGGCACAAUUGUCCUGCUGCUGAACUUCCUCAGGUCUCACUGCUUUACCCGGGCCAUGUCCAGCCAGCCGAAGAUAGAAGGGUUGGAUUGCCUAGGGGCUUACUAUGUAGGCGUCGUCAUCCUGGGAGUUGGCACCAUCUUUGUGCUCUCCAGCUUCUGCCUUGGAUUCAUUGGGACAUAUCUAGGUGAUUAUUUUGGAAUCUUGAAGGAAGCAAGAGUGACAACAUUUCCAUUUAGUGUCUUGGACAAUCCUAUGUACUGGGGGAGCACAGCCAACUACUUGGGGUGGUCAAUCAUGAAUGCCAGCCCUACAGGCCUCCUGCUGACAGUCAUUGUGGCCCUCACCUACAUGGUCGCCGUUGUGUAUGAAGAGCCUUUCACUGAGGAGAUCUACCGGCAAAAAGCUCUGAGGUCAAAGAAGAAUAAAUAAAUGUCGGAAUUUGUGUUGAAGAAUGUGUGGAUGGAGUCCAGCUGACUGCAUUGUUGGAAGCCAAGUUCUGUCCCCUACUUUAUGUGUUGGAUAAUUUCAAGUGAAAUGCUUGAUGAUCACUUGGGUACUCAGCUCCAGCCCCUUCCUGCCCCUCAGGGGCUGGAGGUGGUAACAUAAUGUGCCUUUUGAAACUGCCGCCUGGGAGGUGGAGAGGGUCUGCCACUGGGUACAUGCCCUCACCUACCCACCCCCAACUUCCCAAUUUAAUAAUAAAGUAGCCUAAUUCAUA